ACCAUUAAUCUAAAAACAAAAGGAAUAUUAGGUUUUGAAACCAAAUAUAUACUUUUCUCCCCAUCACAAACAUAUCUCAGAAAUUUUAAUCAAUGGCUCAAACAAUGCUGGUAAUGUCAAGUACCAGCGUUUCAACCAGCCAUGUUGUGAACUUGAAGAGAGACCACACUUUACUCCAUUUUCAAGCUCAAGGGUUAAAGCCUAAACCCUCCUCUCAUUUCUUAUUCAAUCCACACUCUAACACUGUUGCUGCUUCAUCAUCUAAAGCUUUCACCACUUUUGCACUCUUCAAACCAAAGACCAAAGCAGCUCCUAAGAAGGCUGCACCUAAACCAAAGCCAAAGGUUGAAGAUGGAAUCUUUGGCACCUCUGGAGGGAUUGGUUUUACCAAGCAAAAUGAGCUCUUUGUUGGACGUGUUGCCAUGAUUGGCUUUGCUGCAUCCUUAUUAGGUGAAGCAAUAACAGGGAAAGGAAUUCUAGCACAGUUGAACUUGGAAACAGGAAUUCCAAUUUAUGAAGCUGAACCCCUUCUUCUCUUCUUCAUUCUUUUCACCCUCCUCGGAGCAAUCGGAGCUUUGGGCGACCGAGGUAAGUUUGUCGACGAGCCUCCUACAGGCAUUGAAGGGGCAGUAAUCCCUCCUGGGAAGGGCAUCAGGGGCGCAUUGGGUCUCAAGGAAGGAGGUCCAUUGUUUGGAUUCACAAAGGCAAAUGAGCUGUUUGUGGGAAGAUUGGCUCAGCUGGGGAUUGCCUUCUCAUUAAUAGGAGAAAUUAUAACAGGGAAAGGAGCACUAGCACAGUUAAACAUUGAGACAGGGAUUCCUAUUAGCGACAUUGAACCCCUUGUUUUGUUCAACGUUGCCUUCUUCUUCUUUGCUGCUAUAAAUCCUGGGACUGGUAAAUUUGUUACAGAUGAAGCGGAAGAAGACUAGAUUUUCCCAAGCAAUUUGUAAUUAAAGUCUCGUACUUUUCUCUCCCUUUUUUUCUCAUGUCCCUUCGUUGGCAUCAAUGGAUUACAUUGCGUUUUAAUUUGUUAAUUUAAUCCACACGUGCCCAGUUGUUAAUAAAAGAUUUUCAUUUAUAUCAA